UUGAGAAGUGCCAGUGAAGCAAGAUGAUGUCCCAUUUCUGAUGUGAGAAUGAGAGUUCAUGACUGCUUGCCAAAUUUCUGGGACUAUGAAAUAUGACUUAGAGGCACUAAUUGAUGAAGGUUUAUGAUGUCAUCGGUGGUGACAGAAGGCAAACUCCAGCAGGCUGUCAGCCUGCAGGGAGUUGACCCAGAAACAUGCAUGAUUGUUUUUAAGAACCACUGGACACAGGUUGUGAAGAUCUUAGAGAAGCAUGACCCCUUGAAAAACACACAAGCAAAACACGGCUCCAUCCCCCCUGAUGAGGCCAGUGCUGUGCAGAAUUACGUGGAGCACAUGCUCUUCCUGCUGAUUGAAGAGCAAGCCAAGGAUGCUGCCAUGGGGCCAAUUCUGGAGUUCGUGGUCUCUGAGAACAUCAUGGAGAAACUCUUCCUGUGGAGCCUGAGGCGGGAGUUUACUGAUGAGACGAAAAUCGAGCAGCUGAAGAUGUAUGAGAUGCUGGUCACCCAGUCACAUCAGCCUCUGCUGCACCACAAGCCCAUUCUCAAGCCCCUAAUGAUGCUGCUGAGCUCGUGCUCCGGGACCACCACCCCCAACGUGGAGGUGAAGCUGGUUGUCCUGCUUAACCAGCUCUGCUCCAUCCUUGCCAAAGAUCCCUCCAUUCUGGAACUCUUCUUCCACACGAGCGAGGACCAAGGGGCUGCCAACUUCCUUCUCUUCUCCCUCCUGAUUCCUUUCAUUCACCGAGAGGGGGCUGUUGGGCAGCAGGCCCGAGAUGCUUUGCUCUUUAUCAUGUCUCUCUCGGCUGAGAACAACAUGGUGGCCCAUCACAUUGUGGACAACACUUAUUUUUGUCCAGUCCUCGCCACCGGGCUCAGCGGCCUCUACUCAUCGCUGCCGACAAAGCUGGAGGAGAAAGGCGAGGAGUGGCACUGCCUGCUCAAGGAUGACUGGCUCCUGCUGCCACCACUGGUCCAGUUCAUGAACUCACUGGAGUUCUGCAACGCUGUCAUCCAGAUUGCUCAUCCCUUGAUUCGCAAUCAGCUUGUCAACUAUAUUUACAAUGGAUUCUUGGUACCAGUCUUGGCUCCUGCACUCCACAAGGUGACAGUGGAGGAGGUCAUGACCACCACAGCAUACCUGGACCUUUUUCUGCGCAGCAUCUCCGAGCCAGCCCUCCUGCAGAUCUUCCUGCGCUUCAUCCUGCUGCACCAGCAUGAGAACGUCCACAUCCUGGACACGCUCACCAGCAGAAUCAACACACCCUUCCGGCUGUGCGUGGUGUCCCUGGCGUUAUUCAGAACCCUCAUCGGUUUGCACUGUGAAGAUGUGAUGUUACAACUAGUUCUAAGGUACCUGAUUCCUUGCAACCACAUGAUGCUGAGCCAGAGGUGGGCCGUAAAGGAGAGAGACUGCUACUCUGUGUCCGCCGCCAGGCUGCUCGCGCUCACCCCGGUCUGCUGUUCCAGUGGGAUCACCGUGACACUGGGCAACCAGGAGCGGGAUUAUAUUCUCUGGUCCAGGUGCUCACAGGAGAGCGCAGGGUUCUCGGAGGAGCCCCCAGUGCGGAGCUGCGGCCCGGCCGCCUGCAUCGUGGAAUAUGGCCGUGCCCUGGACAUCAGCUACUUGCAGUACCUGUGGGAGGCGCACACGAGCAUCCUGCGCUGUAUGCGGGCCUGCCGUGUGUGGUCUGCCCGAUACGACGGUGACAGCCCAAAGCCCGAUGCCAGCGCCACUGCAGGGCGUUCGAAGCAGCCUCCGGGAAACUCCGAGGCCUGCCCAGCACCCCGCAAGGACAAGGCCCACACCGAGCUGGAGUGGGAUGACAGCUAUGACGCGGGCAUGUCUUCUGGAACUCCGGCCGACCAGCCGGAGCCUCCUGCCCCCCCAGCCCCAGUGGAGCCCCCCAAGCACAUUCAGGAGCUGAAGAGGAAUGCCCUUCUGCUUUUCAGGGGCGCCUACAUCGAGGAGUCGGACUUCCAGGAUGACGUGAUGGUGUACAGGUUGUGUGCUCAGAAGGAUGUGCAGGAAACUGCUGUGCCCCCGCCACCAGGCCCUGCCACUGACAAUGGCCCUUUGUCCAGCCCCCCUCCAGAAGCAGGGUUAGGGGAAGAGGACCAGAGUGACCCUUCAGACCUGUCACCAAAUGAGGCCAUGGAGAUGGGACCUGAAGGAGCAUCUGGGUGCAAUGUGGAGUUAGCAGACCCCAUUGCCCUGAGCUCAGAAGGGGGAGAUCUCAUUGCCCAGCACCCCACAACCGAGAACCCAAAUGGAGGAGAUCUCCUCGCCCAGUAUGACCAGAUCAUCAAAGAGCUGGAUUCCGUCCCCGAGGGCUUGAUGGAAGCAGAUUUCUCCUCUGUUGAUCCCUUGCUGCUCACGGUGGAGCAGGAGCAGGAGGUAAGCAGCAAAGCCGAGGAGGAGAGGAAGGCACUGGAAGAGGAGGAGGACAACUUUGACUCCUUGAUCGCGGAGCCGCCUGCCUUGGACAAGCUGGCAUCCCCAUUCGGGGUGAGAGAUGACACUGCCUCUGCUGGCCACCAGCCUCCUAGGACUCAGAACACCCCGUUCACAGGCCCAUUCAUCAGUGUGGUCCUGUCCAAGUUGGAGAACAUGCUGGAAAAUUCCCUGCACGUCAACCUGCUGCUCAUCGGCAUCAUCACCCAGUUGGCCAGCUACCCGCAGCCCCUGCUGCGUUCCUUCCUGCUCAACACCAACAUGGUCUUCCAGCCCAGUGUCCGCUCACUCUACCAGGUGCUCGCAUCUGUGAAAAAUAAGAUUGAGCAGUUUGCCUCUAUGGAGAGAGACUUUCCGGGCCUCCUCAUCCAAGCCCAGCAGUACCUGCUCUUCCGUGUGGACAUGUCUGACCUAACCCCCGAGUCACCCACCAAAGAUUCCACUCAGGAGGCAUCCCGGAUGGGAAGUGCCAGGGCCCUUUUGGAUGGCCCCCCAAGAGUGCUUCAGCCCUUCCUGAGCAACCGAGCCAAGGUGGUGGGGGCGCCGCCCUGCCUGCCCCUGCCAGUGCGAAACCCCAUGCUGGCGGCUGCACUCUUCCCUGAGUUCUUGAAGGAGCUGGCAGCCCUGGCACAGGAACAUUCCAUCCUGUGCUACCCACUCCCCAGUGGCUACGAGGAUGCCUGCUGUUAG